UGUUUUAUCAUCAAACUUCCUAUUAUUCCAUAAUAAUAAAUUCAUGCAAUUCUUCUGAAUUUCAAUUCUAAAUUACUAAUUUCGACAAUAAAUCGUUUAUAUUUCCAUGUCCAUGCAUCUGGAAUGACUGCCUGGUCAGCUAUUUCCAUGCUUGUCUCUAUGAUAUGUUUUUGAUAAUUAUGCAUUUGUUUAUAACAAACUUCAUUUUUACCGUAAUAAAUCUAUGUACUUUUCUAAUUUCAAUUCUGAAUCACUGUAUUUUUCACUUUAGUUUAACCUUCAUUUUAAUCCUGGAUUUUUUCUAUAUAAUAUUUAUUUAAGCAUGAUUGUAUUAUUUUUUCAGUUUCAAUUCCAUAGUUACUGUAGUAGAUAAUCUGCCACAGGGAGUCAAGAACAGAUGGAAUGGAUCAUUUGGAAAAACUUUCAUCCGCAUUAGACGAUCUUCGAAAAAACGAAACGGCCUGCGAUUUUAUGAUCAAAGUCGGCGAGGAAUUGUUUCCAGUUCACCGGAAUGUACUUAUCGCUGCCUCUGAUUAUUUCCGAGCCAUGUUGUCUCACGACACUAAAGAACGACAAGAGGGAGUUGUUGAUAUGAAGGAAGUUGAACCAGACGCUGUAAAAUUAUGCAUCGAAUUUAUGUAUACUGGUGCCACGACUGUUACCAUGGAAGUGGUAGAAAAUGUUCUGCCUGCAGCUGGAAUAAUGCAGCUCAAUGCUCUCAGCGAAAAUUGCGUUGAAGUUUUGGAGGAAAACGUGAAGGCUGAAAACUGUAUUUCGGUGUUGAAGUUGGCAAGAACGCAUAGUUUUACUGAUCUUGAGGAAAAUGCUUUGGAACUUUUCAGAGAAAAUUACAAUUUUGAAGAAUUUGGUGAUUUUGUCGAACUUGAGAAAGAAGGUCUUGUGGAACGUAUUUCUGAUUUUAGUUUGAGAAAUGAAUUGGCCUGGGAAGUUAUAAUAAAUUGGAUCAAACUUAAUGUUGAAGAACGAAGCAAAGAUAUUCUUGAAUUCAUUAAACUUCUGGAUUGGGAUCCUUCCCCUUCAACAUUACUUCUGGAGAAGCUGCAAGCCGAACCAGUAUUUAUUGAAAAUCAGAAGUGCAAGGAUUUCCUCAUGAUUCAGUUAUUUUCAAAUUUGUCUCUCAGUCGUGAAACUUUUAUGGAGAUUUUUCGAACAAGUCAUCCUAACUGUUUCUGUGAUGAGAGUGCACGAUGGGAUGCCUUGAUGACUUGGAUUAAGCAUGAUAACGAGAGGAAAACUUUGCUUCCUAAACUUGUUGAGUACAUUCGGUUUGACCGUUUAUCUGAUGAUUUUUUGAAAAACAAAAUAAAUAAUGAAUCCUUGCUCUCCGAAUAUCCAGAAUGUUACAAAACUAUCUUUGAAGCUUUACAUGUUAGGAGCUCUAUGGAUAAAAAUUACAUUGCUGUGUUGUACCCGGGUGGGAAAAUUUACACGAUAAAUUUUGCCGACCGUUCCUGGCGAAAGUUGCCAGAUUUACCAUCAGAAGGAAUCAUAGAUGGUUUAUUCACAAUCCAUAAUAAAUUGUGUGUUUUAUUAGGAUGUAUAUUGCUCUAUCUGAGUGAGAACGGCUCGGAAUGGUUAAAACGUAGAAUAAUGAAAGAAUCUCCUGAUGACGAAACCUGUGCGAAGAUUGUUACGUACGGCAACUGUGUUUAUGUUGUUAAAAACGAGAUGUUAGGAUGUUACGAUAGUUCUAAUAAUGAAUGGAAAGAAUCUUUUCCGGGAUGCGGAUUCGAUCAAUUCUACGCAGCAAUGAAUAAGGAUGGAAUAUUCGCCUCAGGGACUAAUGAAUCCUCUAAGUAUUUCUCUUUAUCUUCAAAUUCAUGGGGAAAUGUUAACAGAGCUUCAAAGAAAUCUCAAAAUUUUUCCGUGGCUCAAUUAAAAGGAGAUAUUUAUGCAAUAGGAUCGUUUACACCUGAUAAAAAGAAGCAUUAUCGUGUACUCCGCUACAAAGGUAACGAAUGGUGGAAAACUGGUGAUUUUCCUGUUGAUGUUGCAACGAAAAGUUUUGCAUUCACAGUCAACGACCGUUUAUUCGUUUUACUAUCUGGUUCGUUUUAUAUUUAUGACGAAUUGGGAGAUUCCUGGGGAGUUCUUUGUAAAUUGCCAAUUUAUUCAAAAGGUGGAUUGAUUAGUUCUGAUAAAACUUCCCAACUUUGA